AAGAAAAGAAAAGAAAGGAAAAGAAAAGAAAAGAAAAGAAAAGAAAAGAAGAUGAGAAGAUAAGAGAAAAGAAAAGGAAAGAGAAGAGAAGAGAAGAGAAGAGAGAAGGAAAAGAAAAGAAAAGAAAAGAAAAGAAAAAAGAAAAGAAAAGAAAAGAAAAGAAAAGAAAAGAAAAGAAAAGAAAAGAAAAGAAAAGAAAAGAAGAAAGAAAAACAGCAAAGGACUCCUUUUCCUAAUGCUUCUAAGUGCCCGUGAUUUCACUAAGUGUCAGUGGAAUAAACCCCCUUAACAAAAACCACAGACUGGCCGGCUGGAUAAGGAAACACUAUUCGACCUGCCGCUGCUCUAAGGCACAGACUGGGAGGGGCCUGUAGGGAAAGUACAGAGUACAGAGGGUACUGUACUCAUGCCUUGCAUGACCCCCAAGAGUGAUACCUCGGCAUCACCAGAAUUUGGUGGAGCGAUAGCACAGUGGUUGGGUGUUUGCCUUUCACAAGGCCGACCCGUGUUCGAUUCCUCCGCCCCUCUCGGAGAGCCCAGCAAGCUACUAAAAGUAUCGAGCCCGCGAAGCAGAGCCUGGCAAGCUACCCGUGAGUAUUGGAUAUGCCAAAACCAGUAACAAUAAGUCUCUCAAUGAGAGAUGUUACUGGUGCCCGCUUUAGCAAAUUGAUGAGCAGCGGGAUGACAGUGACAGUGACAGUGACAGUGGUAGAAUUUGGUAGCGAAGUCAUCUAAACUUAACUUCUUCUAUGAGGUAAAUUUUUAGUUCCCAUUCCAUUUUCUUUACUCUUAAUAUUUCUAUUGAGAUUUUAAAAUUCUUCCUGAUUGUCUUGGUAUACUGUAUAUUUCUAACAAGUUACUCAUUUUUAAGUUGUAUAAUUUGUUGCCAGGUUGAUGUGUAAAAUUUUCAGAGUUUCUUUGAUCCUUUAUGUUUAUGAAAUAUCUAUUAUACUUUGCCUCUUUCAUUUCUGGUCUAUUCAUGUGAAUGUUCUUUGUGUCUUGUUUUAGAAUCUCUAUCUAGAUUUAAAUACUUGCCAAAAUGUUUCCCUUACAAGGCCCACAAAUGCUGCAGAGGCUGGAGAAAUAUUUGAUAAAGAGCCUACCAGAAUCAUUAAAGGUUUACGGGACUGUAUUUCACAUGAAUCAAGGAAACCCAUUCAAUCUAAAAGCUCUUGUGGACAAGUGGCCUGAUUUUAACACAGUGGUUAUCAGCCCUCAGAAACAGGAGAUGAUAGAUGAUUUUGAUCACUACACCAAUACUUACCAGAUUUAUUCUAAGGAUCCAGAGCACUGCCAAAAAAUCCUUGAAACACCAGAUGUCAUCAAUUGGAAACAACAUUUGCAGAUCCAGAGUACACAGUCCAGCCUGAAUGAGGUGAUGCAGAAUCUUGCAAGAACAAAAUUGGUUAAGAUCAAGCAUACACAAUGUUUCCUCUAUAUGUUUCCCGAAAGUGCAAGCAAACUACUACCUUCCCUAUUGGAAGCAAAGAAUUUGCCUCUUAAAUCUGGCAGACCCAAGCCAAUUAAUGAAGAGAUGUUUAAACGCUCAUCCCUGGAUGUUACCCACGCUGCCUUGGUGAAUAAAUUCUGGCAGUUUGGAGGCAAUGAGAGGAGUCAGCGAUUCAUUGAACGCUGUAUCCAAAACUUCCCCACAAUCUGCCUGUUGGGGCCAGAGGGGACCCCUGCAUCCUGGACCCUGAUGGACCAGACAGGAGAGAUACGAAUGGGAGGCACUGUGCCUGAGUACCGAGCCCAGGGUCUCAUUUCUCACACCUUAUAUGCCUUUACCCAGACCCUGGACAACCUUGGCUUCCCUUUAUACAACCACACAGCCAAAGACAACAAAAUCAUACAGAAAAUGAAUAGCACUCUUCACCACAUCCCCAUGCCCUGUGACUGGAACCAGUGGAAUUGUGUGCCCCAUCACACACAGUAGGACUCCUUAGUAUGACUGAAUACUAUUCCAUUUUAUAUAUGUAGCACUGUUGUCUCAGUUUUAUCUCAGGAGAGCCCUGAUCAAUAGACAGCAUAGGGUGGGUCGGUCAUGAGGCAAAGGAAAAGAUGGGUAGGUGGAGGGCACUGUAAACUUUAGUGAAGCAGCAGUUGAAUGAACAGCAGAGUCCACUCAAUGGAGUCCUCCACGGUACCUGCUCACAGAGCACUCAUGGUCCUCCCCUUGGGUCCAGCAGCAUUGACAAGGCCAGGACUUCCUGUGGUUGACUCUGGUCUCAUUCAGUUUCUUAUAAUUUGGGAUUGUUUUGCAUGCCUCCCUAAUGGUUCUCCUGGAAUUCCUAUUUGACAUGUAAAUCAUUGCCAAUAGAUAUAUUUUGCUAGAUUUUCAAGAUGUGAUUUUUUUCAUGGGAAUCAUAAUUUUUCUUAUGUCUUUAUAUUACCCACUUACCUCAAUAUUUAUAAACGUAUAAUUAAUUUAAAA